GUCUGACAAACAAGGCCGACAGGUCGACAGCUGCCCCUACAGCACCGUGGACCUCUCGACACCCGCGGACACCAGCUGGAGAAGGACCAAUUCUGACUCCGCCCUGCACCAGAGCACAAUGAUGCCCACACAGCCAGAAUCCUUUACCAGUGGGUCCCAGGACAUGCACCAGAAAAGAGUCUUACUGUUAACAGUCCCAGGAAUGGAAGAGAACAUGUCAGAGGCAGACAAAAACCUUUCCAAGCAAGCGUGGCAUACCAAGAAGACCGGGUGCAGGCCCAAGUCCUGUGAGGUCCCCGGAAUCAACAUCUUCCCAUCCGCCAACCAGGAAAACACUACAGCCCUGAUCCCCGCCACCCACAACACUGGGGCUCCCUCCCCGCUCCCGACCCCUCCGGACCCCGAGGAGCCCACCUUCCCCGCGCCGAGCAGCUCCAGCAGCACCGGCAACCUCGCGGCCAACCUGACGCACCUGGGCAUCGGCGGCGCUGGCCAGGGAUGAGCACACCUGGGCCCUCUCCGCAGCACCGCCCACCGGCGUCAGCCCCCCCGUCCCCGAGCACAGAGGCGAGGCGUCAGCAGGCGUGGCCCACCCUGUCCCCGCUGUCACCCAUCACUGCGCUGGAGCAGUUCAGCAUGAUGGAGAACGCCAUCAGCUCCAGCAGCCUGUACAGCCCUGGCUCCACGCUCAACUACUCGCAGGCGGCCACGAUGGGCCUCACGGGCAGCCACGGGAGCCUGCCGGACUCGCAGCAGCUGCCCUACGCCAGCCACAGUGGCAUCCCCAACAUCAUCCUCACAGGGACAGGAGAGUCCCACCCCCGCCCAGCCUCUCUAAAGAACUGACCAGCUCUGUGGCCGGGGUCGGCGACGUCAGCUUCGACUCCGACAGCCAGUUUCCCCUGGAUGAACUCAAGAUCCACCCCCUGACCCUCGACGGACUGCACAUGCUCAACGACCCCGGCCCGGUUCUGGCGGACCCAGCCACCUAGGACACCUUCCGGGUAGACCGCCCGUGAGCGGGCACGCGCGGCACCUGCGGCUCAGAGGGGCGUGCAUGGUCGCCAGCGCUGUGGGCCGCGGUGCAUCUUCCGACUGUUUGUCCAGCUCUCACUGCCUUCCUCGGUUCCCGGUCCCCCAACCCAUCCGACACCCCCAGCCAGUGGUCAGACAGACAGUGAGCCCCACACGCCGCCCCAGAGAGGAGGCGCUAGAGCACAGGGCAGAUGCAAAGUGGAAUAACCACUAUUUUGACGG